CUCUAUUCAAUGUUUGACUACACCUCAAGGGCUGCAACAUGGUGGUGAAAGCUGCAGUCGUCCAGGCCGAGCCAGAGUGGCUUGACCUUCAAGCUUCCGUUCAAAAGACUUGUCGUUUUAUCGGAGAUGCUGCCAGUCAUGGAGCCCAGAUAAUCGCAUUUCCAGAACUCUGGGUGCCUGGCUAUCCCGGGUGGAUAUGGAGCAGACCAAUGGACCCUGUCCUCAAUGUCGAGUUCGUCAAGAACUCGCUUGUGGUCGAUUCUCCCGAAAUGGACGUUAUUCGCAAGUGCGCAGCAGAAAACGAGAUGGUUGUCUGUCUCGGCUUCUCCGAGCGAAGUGGUGGCACGGUGUAUAUCGCGCAGUCCACGAUCAACAGCGAUGGAUCUCUCCUGGUGGCCCGACGCAAGCUGAAGCCGAUCCAUAUGGAGCGGACGGUAUUUGGCGAUGGUCAUGGUCCGUCAUUGUGCAACGUAGCCCAGACUCCAGUCGGUCGGGUUGGUGCGCUGUCCUGUGGUGAACACUACAAUCCACUGCUAAAAUACCAUACGUUCGCGCAAGGUGAGGAAAUCCACGUUGCUGCUUGGCCUCCUGUCAUGCCUCACCCUGGCGGUAAACAUUCAUAUUCCAUGUCCCAGGAAGCAGUUGAAGCGGCUUCACGCGUAUAUUCAAUGGAAUCUCAAGCCUUUACCCUGCAUUCUACCACCGUUAUCAGCACGAAAGGGGUUGAGAAGUUGGGAACGGCACAUGGGAUGGUCUUCAAUACACCUGGAGGCGGGGCGAGUGCGAUAUUUGGCCCCGAUGGACGAAAACUGACAAAUAAUUUGCCGCUGACUGAAGAGGGCAUUGUCUAUGCUACCCUAGAUUUUGACGAUCAAAUAAAGGAAAAAGGCCUGCUGGACUGCUGCGGGCAUUGUAGUCGUCCUGAUUUGCUCUGGCUGGUGUCGAACACGGAGGAGCAGAAGUCUGUUCGCUCAGCUUGAUUUGACAUUCUAUUAUUUCUAACUAUUUUUAUUACUAUAUUCCGAACCUAAUUAAUUUCGUUUCGCC